GUAGUAAUGAAAAAGGCGUACUAUUGGUUGGCGUCCGGAAGGUGGGUUAACAAAGAGGUAGCCUCUCUUCGAGUUAGGGUUAGGGUUUAUUUGUUCAUCGGAUAUCCAUUUUAUCAAGAGUUUUUGGUGGUUGAAUCGAAGAGAUUUAGAUGCUCCCAAACCCCUAUCGUGUAAACGUCUGCAUUUCACCUCAAGCAAUUUAGCGUCUGCAGCAGAAACUUUUGCAAUACAAGGCUAGCAAUCUCUGCUAGUUUCACCGAUUCUUUCGCCACCUAGAUUUCAGAUGUUGUAGAAGAACUGUUGUAAUUGUAUCACUGGAGAAGAACAGGUGCUUGAAUUAAUUUAAUAACUUUGUAAUUGCCUUAUUCACGGCAUGGACAACGAGAACAAUGACAAUGAUUUUACCUUUUGUCAGGUUGGCUUGCCUACUGAUCAAAACGAUGUGGACACAACGAAUCUUGCAGCUGAUAUUGGUGGUAUUACCAUCAAAGAUGAAUUCUCAAAUAGCAUUGAUAGCAGUCAAAAUGGUGGUUUUCCCUGGAAAGAUAAACAACCAAAUAAUGCCACCUUGGGAAAGCAGGCUACUGUUGGUUCUUUGACUUUCAAUGUUAUAGAUGCAUCAUGUCUGAAACCAUCUUGCGAAUCAUCAAGACAAGUAGCAUCUGGAGAUGCAGAUGCUUCGGGAAAGAAAGCAGAAAAACCUAAAAUUUCUACUAGAAAGCCUGCACCUCGGACCAAAGUUCCUUUCGAGAAAGGAUAUAGUCAAAUGGACUGGCUUAAGCUUAGUCAAACGCAUCCUGACCUCGCAGGAUUGAAAGGGCAGUCAAAUAGGAGGCUUAUUUCAAGGAGUGAAGUUAAGCAAAAUCAAACAGAAGGUUCCAUGUGGACUGUUCUGAAAGGACGUGUGUACAAUAUAUUUCCAUAUAUGAAGUUUCACCCUGGAGGUGUUGAUAUGCUCAUGAAGGCAGUGGGAAAAGACUGCACAGCUUUAUUCAACAAAUACCAUGCUUGGGUAAACGCAGAAUGCUUACUGGAAAAAUGUCUGGUGGGUACUUUGGAUGAUAGUGAAGGCAGUAACAGAUAAUAAAACUUCUUGGGACUCGGCUUCAUCACUGCUGCCAAGGGACGUAGUGCAGGAAGAGAAUGCAAUAAUAUCCUCUUAAGUGAUCAAAAUCAUAUUAUUCACAUUUUAUACAUCUGAUUAUGUACAAGAUAGUGAAUGAAAUAAAGUUGUACAUACACAUUGUGCAAUAAUAUUCAUUGGGUCUUAUUAACCCCUUGAUUUGGUGAUGCGUUGGAGCUCAAUUUUUAAGUUGAAUGAAGAAUUGAUCUGUUUGAUGUUGACCUCA